GGCGGACGGACGCGCGGCCGAGGGGACCGGGGCCUGCGAGCGGCAGGUGUGAGCCAGGCACUAGCCCCUGGACUCAGGCCGCACUGAGGUCCGCCCUGCGCCGCCGGCAGCGCCGCCACCCGGGACGCCAUGAGCCAGUCGGGGUCUCUGAGCUGCUGCCCAGGUCCUGCCAACGGCAGCCUGGGCCGGCCGGACGCUGGGGCCAAGAUGAGUGCCAAGGACCUGUUUGAACAGAGGAAAAAGUACUCCAACUCCAACGUCAUCAUGCACGAGACCUCCCAGUACCACGUCCAGCACCUGGCCACAUUCAUCAUGGACAAGAGUGAGGCCAUCGUGUCCGUGGACGAUGCCAUCCGGAAGCUGGUGCAGCUGAGCUCCAAGGAGAAGAUCUGGACACAGGAGAUGCUGCUGCAGGUCAAUGACAAGUCGCUGCGGCUGCUGGACAUGGAGUCCCAGGAGGAGCUGGAGAACUUCCCGCUGCCCACCGUGCGACACAGCCAGACGGUGCUGAACCAGCUGCGCUACCCGUCGGUGCUGCUGCUCGUGUGCCAGGACUCGGAGCAGAGCAAGCCCGACAUCCACUUCUUCCACUGCGACGAGGUGGAGGCGGAGCUGGUGCACGAGGACAUCGAGAGCGCGCUGGCCGACUGCCGCCUGGGCAAGAAGAUGCGGCCCCAGACCCUGAAGGGCCACCAGGAGAAGCUCCGGCAGCGGCAGUCGGUGCUGCCUCCCCGCCAGGGCCCGGCCCCCGUGCCCCUCCAGCGCUACGCCCAGGACUCCUCUCCCCCCAGGAACCGCGUGAGCCAGCCAGGCUUCCACCGUCAGGAGUCGCAGGACGAGGAGCCGCCGCGGGCCGUGCUGGCUCAGAAAAUAGAGAAGGAGACGCAAAUCCUCAACUGUGCCCUGGACGACAUUGAGUGGUUCGUGGCGCGGCUGCAGAAGGCGGCGGAGGCUUUCAAGCAGCUGAACCAGCGCAAGAAGGGGAAGAAGAAGGGGAAGAAGGGGCCGGCAGAGGGUGUCCUCACGCUGCGGGCGCGGCCCCCCUCCGAGGCCGAGUUUGUCGACUGUUUCCAGAAGACCAAGCUGGCCAUCAACCUGCUCGCCAAGCUGCAGAAGCACAUCCAGAACCCCAGCGCCGCGGAGCUCGUGCACUUCCUCUUCGGGCCCCUGGACCUGAUCGUCAGCACCUGCGGCGGCCCGGACAUCGCCCGCUCCGUCCUCAGCCCCCUGCUCUCCAGAGAAGCUGUCAGCUUCCUGCGGGGCCACCUAGUCCCCAAGGAGAUGGGGCUGUGGGACUCGCUAGGGGAGACCUGGACGCGCCCCCGCGCCGAGUGGCCUCGGGAGCCCCAGCUGCUCCUCUACGUGCCCAAGUUCCACAGCGGCUGGGAGCCGCCCCUGGACGUGCUGCAGGAGGCCCCCUGGGAGGUGGAGGGGCCGGCCCCCGCCCCCGCCGACGAGCAGACUCCAGCAAGCCGCCUGUCCUUUCGAAACUCCCCGAAGCACAGCCUCGCACCCGAGCCCACAGCCCCUGGAGACGUCCUGCCCCCGGUCAGCUCCCCGCACGCCCACAGGGGCUACGAAUCCGAGCCCACGGCAGCCAUGGCCAAGUACGUCAAGGUCCUCUACGACUUCACCGCCCGGAAUGCCAACGAGCUGUCAGUGCUCAAGGAUGAGGUCCUGGAGGUGCUGGAGGACAGCCACCAGUGGUGGAAGCUUCGCAGUCGCAGCGGCCAGGCGGGCUACGUGCCCCACAACAUCCUGGACGAGAUCCGGCCGGAGGACGUGGGCGCCUCCCUGGAGCAGGCUGGUCCGAAAUACUGGGGUCCUGCCAGCCCCACGCACAAGCUGCCUCCGAGCUUCGCGGGAAACAAACAGGAGCUGAUCCACCACAUGGACGAGGUCAACGACGAGCUCAUCAAGAAGAUCAGCCACUUCAAGGCGCAGCCGCAGCGGCACUUCCGCGUGGAGCGCAGCCAGCCCGUGCGCCUGCCGCUCACCUUCGAGUCGGGGCCCUACGAGGUCCGCGCCUGGCUGGAAGCCAAGGCCUUCAGCGCUCGGACCGUGGACAGCCUGGGCAUCCUGACGGGCGCGCAGCUCUUCUCGCUCAACAAAGACGAGCUGAAGAAGGUGUGCGGGGAGGAGGGCGGCCGCGUGUACAGCCAGCUCGCCGUGCAGAGGGCCGUCCUGGAGAAGCAGCAAGGCGGAUCGGAGCUGGAGGAACUCAUGAACAAGUUUCAUUCCAAGAACCAGAAGCGGGCGGAGGACGACAGCUAACCUGGCACCGGCUGCAGCCGCGGCGGCAGGGGCGGGCCGGGCGGCCGCGCCAGUGCGUGGAGUGUUACCUUCCUUGUGUACGGAUUUCCUACCGUGGACACGGAGCGAGUGCGGUGCUGGGGGCCGGCUCUCCUGCCUCGUGGCCCGUGCUCAGGCCCCGCGGCACCGCGCCCACACUCACCUGCCGGCUCCAAGGCCCGCCUCAGCCAAACUUGCCCCCCGGAGGUGCCAGCCCCUCCCCCAGGCCGUGACCCCCUCGGCCCGCCCCACGCCUCUCCUCGAGGCCACAGAGCCCUGUCCUCGCCCCCGCCACCCAUGUGGGGUCCCUGGCACUUCCGAAUCUGCCCCUGUCCCGCCCCCACGAUGCUCACUUCCACACCCAUCCCUGCCCUCCUCAGCCCCUCAGCCGCCGGGGGGCCGUGGGCCGGGAGGGCUGCUGCCCUGGGCUCGAAGCCGCCGGGGCCGGCGACCCUUGCCCCAGGCCGUGCCCGCAGUGCCACCCUGUGCGCGGCGCCCCAGGGUGGCCUGGGGAGCAAGCUGUGCUCCUCCGCCUCUUCAAAGGGCAAGCACAGACUGGACUCGGCCGAGCACCGACCUGGGACGCCCCCCUGCCCCCA